AUGUGUAUGCUUAUCUCAGACGUUAAAUUACAGAAGUGGACAGGUACUUACGCGUGGAAUGAUGAAUGCAAGUCCAAUUAUUGUUGCUGUUAUGCAGGUACACUAACUGUCGCUGCUUCUGGUUCCAAUUUGAUCUUUUCAUCGGGUACCAGAGGAUGCGGAUCGUCCACAUCUUCAGCUACAUUUUCAAAUCCAAAUGCUUAUUCAUUUUCUACGACUGGACUCAAAGGUUCACCUAUUACUUACACACUUAGUUCGGAUAGUAAUACAAUGACUGUUGUAAAUAUUGGGUAUAGCGCUUGUGGAGGCAAGGCUCGACGGACUUCAGUUGGAACUCAUUUAUAUCCAUCUUUGAUGUCAUUCUUCAUUGUUCUUGCUACCAUGUGUGUCUUGCUUUAA